AUGCCCGUCGAGGCGCUGCAAGCUGGUGAUGCCAUGAAGGGUGUGACGGUGACGGCACCCUUCACCUCUGCCAUGCCCGUCCGCAUCCUCCGCAAGGGCCCCGCAUAUUUCCGCCGGCGCGCCGAGCCGGGUGCCGGGAAGCCCAGCGCAGUGGAGAGGCUGGAGGCCGACAAGGCCAAGUACGUGAAGAGCCAACGGGUCGCCAGCACCAAGCAGGAGCCGGUGAAGCCGCCGCUGCUCAAGCAGCCCCUCUUCACCCCGGGCGUGCGCCGGGCUGCAUUCACCCCCAGCCGCAGGGCACCCCCGGGGCCACGCCGCGCCGAGGCUGGUGGCCCGAAGACCUCCCUUGACCUGGAGAUCCUCAAUAACCUCAUCAACCUCUGCGACAGCCCCUUCCCCAAGGCGGAGAGCCCGCUGGGCCGGGAGUGCAAGUGGAGGGCGGAGGCUCCGGCUGCGCUGGGUGGCGGGACGGAGGGUGCUGGCAAGCCGCCCGAGAGCCCCACCGCUGCCAGGCCCCCCGGCAGCGUGGCUGUGCGGAGGGUGGACGUCCGUCCCUGCGGGACUCCACGGGGCCAAGUGACGCCGGUGCCUGCAUCCCCCAUCCCGGGUGGGCUGCCUGUGACCCCGGCACAGAGCUCGCCUGCCCGCCCCGAGAGCGCCCGCCGGCAGCCCCUGCUGCACCGCUCCAAGUCGGACCUGAGCGACCGGCUCUCACGGGCCACCGCCGACCUGGAGCGCUUCUUCAACUACUGCGGCCUUGACCCCGAGGAGGUGCAGGACAUGGGUGCCGAGCGCUUCGCCCGCGCCAGCUCCGACAUCGUGUCCCUCAAGUUUCACAGCGUGAGCACGGCCAGCUCGGAGGGUGGCCGCUCACCACCCAGCGCCGCCACACCGGAGGGGCGGCAGGCUGAGCGCGUCCCCUAUGGCAUCUCUGUCAUUGAGCGCAACGCCCGCGUCAUCAAGUGGCUGUAUGGGCUGCGCCAGGCCAGGGAGCCCCAGCAGGUCUCCAAUGUGUAG